AUGGUAGCUUGGGCCACAACCCAAAUCCUACAACAGUAUAAUGUACAAUACAGCGUUUAUGUGGCACCCACCCUCAAUUUAGGUAGCACCCAUUCUCUAUUAUCUUUUGGAGAGAUCCAUGUCAUCAUCGACCCAAUGUUUGCAGGAAAAACCACGGCUCUCCUCCGUGGCAUCCAGACUGCAAGCAAUAAUGGAAGAAAUGUAGCAGUGAUAAAAUCGAACAAGGAUACAAGAUAUGGAUUGGACUCUGCUGUGACCCAUGAUGGGGUGAAGCUUCCAUGUUUUACCUUGGCUGAUCUAUCAUCAUUGGCAGAAAAAAUUAGAAUCCAAGCUUAUGAAAAUUUUGAACUAGAUGUGAUAAGGAUUGAUGAAGCUCAAUUUUCUGAAGACCUUUAUGAUAUAUGUUGUAAGGCAGCUGCUGAUGAUGGGAAGACAGUAAUUCUUGCAGGCCUUGAUGGUGACUACAUGAGGUGGGAUGUUUUUAUGACUGAUAGUGCCCUUGGAUUUCCAUCAUGUUUUAAUUGCACCUUUCAAUUGGGUUACUUGAAGUUCCAAACUCUAUUUGAUGGGUCUUUAGCUCAAGUUGGUAGAGCACUUGGAACAUAA